CGGGGUAUAAGAGGGGGUGGAGCUGGCACUGCAGCCGGAUCCGGAUGCGGCGCCGUGACCCGCUGGGAGACUGACGCGUCUGCAGGAGAGCGUGGAUCGCUCCGGUGCGACUUUAUUGGAAAGAUGAAACCUGAUGAAACGCCUAUGUUUGACCCAAGUCUGCUUCAAGAAGUGGACUGGAGUCAGAAUACAGCCACAUUUUCUCCAGCCAUUUCUCCAAUGAAUCCUGGAGAAGGCCUGGUUUUGAGGCCUCUCUGUACUGCCGACUUGAAUAAAGGUUUUUUUAAGGUACUGGGUCAGUUGACAGAGACUGGUGUCGUCAGCCCCGAGCAGUUCAUGAAAACUUUUGAGCGUAUGAAGAAGUCUGGGGAUUACUAUGUCACAGUUGUGGAAGAUGUGACCCUAGGAGAAAUUGUUGCUACAGCAACUCUGAUAAUAGAACAUAAAUUUAUCCACUCAUGUGCUAAGAGAGGGAGAGUAGAAGACGUGGUUGUUAGUGAUGAUUGCAGAGGGAAGCAGCUCGGCAAACUGUUGUUAUCAACUCUCACUUUGCUAAGCAAGAAGCUUAACUGUUACAAAAUCACCCUUGAAUGUCUACCACAAAACGUUGGCUUCUACCAAAAGUUUGGCUAUACAGUGUCUGAAGAAAAUUACAUGUGUCGGAGGUUCCUAAAGUAAAGACAACCACCAAGACAAUGAAUGCUCCAAGGCUUACUGUUCAUUUUUGUUGCUGCAACCCAGUGAGCUCCAUACCUACUAGACUGAAAAACUGCUGUAGUAUGCAAGUAUAAGCGACACAAGAGCAUGCCUGUGGCUGCUGGGACUUGCUCUGAGUUAAGAGUACAAAUGAUCAUAAAGGGGAUGAUUUUUAACCAAAGGAAUAUAUUUUCAACUUGAAUCUUUUCUUGCAUUGUAUUUUUCUAAAGUUUGUCUUCAUUUCUUGGUAGGCAAGAGUAUGGGUAGUAAAGAGUUACAUCUGCUCUGUGCUGCUCAUUUUUAAAUAUAUGUAUAUAUAUUAAAUAAGGCUGUUUUUUAUCACAUAAAAUUAUUUUGUUUCAUCUCAAUAGACUUAAGGGUGCAACAUUUCUCACAUUACAGGGAGUUAGACACAUCUGUUAUAACCAGAUAGAUAUUUGCACAUCUAAACAUUGUUGAUCCUAAUACUGCACACAAAGUGGACAAUCUUUUAAACUAUUUUACUAAGUGUUCGUAUACUUCUAUGCAGACACUGCCCCACCUGUCUCAUCCAAGGGCAGACCUAGAGACCUAGGGUUCUUUUCAUCAGUGAGUGAGCAGCUCUCAGUGGAGGUACUUUUACCCUGGUUUCUUUAUCAUGGGCACCUGCAUCUCAAAAUUCGUGGUACUGCCUUUGUUAUACAUCCUUAAAACAGCUUUUCUAUUCAAUGUGAUUAUAAUGGUACUAUUACUCUGAUCAUUGUCCUGUUUUAUUUAUUUAUUUUAAUGAUUUUGUAAAGUAAAAUUACAUUGUUAACAAUGGUUCUAAUCUUUUGCAUUCCAUGUUACUACAUUAAACUUGUUUAUAUGACUA